AUGGGUUCCCCAGUUAUUCUUCCAACCCUCAUCGCUUUUCUCCUUGGCAUUGUUGUCUCGAUCUUGUACCGUCUAUACCGCCUUCACUCUCACACCGAAGUCAUCGUCAAGCAAUCAGUCGAGCCUCUUCAAAACAACUCCUCCGUUGCCACGUCUGCUUCUGUUCCAGCUACUGUUGCUUUCACCAAGUCCGAACCAAGUCCGAAAUCAAAAUCAAAGUCUCAGUCUAAAACCAAAAACGUGUCUACAAAUACCACGGCUACAAAUAUUGCCGCUCGAUCUGCUACUCAGGCAGAAGACUCGCUUUCGUUCAAGGAGAAGGUUGAUAUGAUUGGAAAAUGGGCCGAGGAGAUUGAAGAUGCUGGCGAGUUUACGAUUUCCUUGGAUAUGGGAAAGAAGCGAAAGUAUAUGGGCGGACUGUUCGCUGAGAGGAUUGUAGUUGAGGGAUUUAGGGCUCAUGAAAAGAAGUUUCGGGUCCUGUGAGAAACAUCGAAAGGAUUAGGAACUCAUUCUCACUGGAGGGAAC